UUAUUUUUAACGACAAACAGUCGUGUCAAUAAAAAUAAAUCUAAGAUUUUAUCACGUGUUCAUAUUAUACGAUACGAAUUGUGCAAUUUAAAACAAAAUCAACACAUGAUUAGUAUUUGUUACAAAUAACAAUUAACACUGAGAAUUUAUAAUAAUGAAGAGAAUAAAUAAUAUGGAAAUAAAUGAUUCGUAUAAUGCACCAAGUAAAGUGAUGCUCGUAGAAUCUUCAAAUUCAGGAAUGAAACUAGUUAAUAGAUAUGCAGCGACUAAGUCAUCGACACAGGAUUUAAUUGCAUUAGCAAUGGAAAUUGAAAAAGCAGAUAAUUUUGUAAAAGCUAAUGCGAGAAAUAAAUUGCAUAUUAUUGCUGAGCAAAUGAGAUUUCUUAAAGAUCAAGCUCAGAAAGUAUUAAUCGAAGCUAAAGAAAACGAUAUGUUGCAUCACGCCGCCUGUAAUUUUGUAAAACACCCAGGGAAUGUUUAUCACUUGUACGAAAAAUCAUCUGGGCAAUUUUAUUUUUCAAUGCUGAGUCCUGAGGAAUGGGGCGAUAAUGCACCACUACAACUCUACAAAGGUUCGUACAGAUUAGAACAUGACCAAUCUUGGACACCAGUAUCACAAAUAAAGUCCAAAGACGCUGAAUUAAAUAUAUUUGAUAAAUUUUUGUGCAAAAAUCAAGCACUGAAUCCUCUGGAAGUUAUGAGUAUCGACUAUUAA